GCCAGUGAUAUAUCUGAAGAUUCUUCCCACUUCUGGAAGAACCUCAAAAUCUGAAAAACUUCUGCCACAGUUUGGCUUAACACUGUCAACAAAUUACCGUUCCAUCAAGAGCAAUGAGCUCCACAACACCAGAUGGAGUUUCUGGACGUGAACAGCUUUUGACUCGGCAAAGAAUGCACAGUAUGAUCAGCUCAGUGGAUGUAAAGUCGGAGGUUCCCGUGGGAUUAGAGCCUAUCUCACCAUUAGACUUGCGAACUGAUCUCAGGAUGAUGGUUCCCAUGGUGGACCCAAUUAUGCGUGAAAAGCAGCUACAGCAGGAACUACUUCUCAUCCAGCAGCAGCAGCAAAUUCAGAAACAACUGCUGAUUGCAGAGUUUCAGAAGCAGCAUGAAAACCUGACCCGGCAGCAUCAGGCCCAGCUCCAGGAGCACAUAAAGUUACAACAGGAACUCCUAGCCAUUAAACAACAGCAAGAACUCCUUGAAAAAGAGCAGAAACUGGAGCAGCAGAGACAAGAGCAGGAACUGGAGAGGCAUCGCAGGGAACAACAGCUUCCUCCCCUCCGAGGCAAAGAAAGAGGCCGAGAAAGGGCAGUGGCCAGUACAGAAGUGAAGCAGAAACUUCAAGAGUUCCUGUUGAGUAAAUCGGCAACAAAAGACUCUCCAGCAAAUGGGAAGAAUCAUUCCAUGAGCCGCCACCCCAAGCUCUGGUACACGGCUGCCCACCAUACCUCACUGGAUCAAAGCUCUCCACCCCUGAGUGGGGCCUCGCCACCGUACAAAUACACUUUACCAGGAGCGCAGGAUGCCAAGGAUGAUUUUCCACUUCGUAAAACGGCUUCAGAGCCCAAUUUGAAGGUACGUUCAAGAUUAAAACAAAAGGUGACAGAAAGGAGAAGCAGCCCUUUACUCAGGAGGAAGGAUGGAAAUGUUGUCAGUUCAUUCAAGAAGCGACUCUUUGAGGUGACAGAAUCCUCAGUCAGUAGCAGCUCCCCUGGAUCAGGUCCCAGUUCCCCAAGUAAUGGUCCAACCAGCAGUAUAACAGAAAAUGAACCCUCGGUUUUGCCAUCUAACAUUCAAGCUGAGCAUCUGGUUUCACACCAACGCCUUUUGAUACAGGAUGAAUCAGUGAACUUGUUGAGUCUGUACACAUCCCCUUCUCUGCCCAACAUUACCUUGGGACUUCCAGCAGUACAACCUCAAAUCAGCGCUUCAUCAUCAUUCAAAGAAAAGCAGAAGGGGGAGACCCAGUCACUCAGACAAGGAGUGGCCUUGGCUGGACAGUAUGGGGGGAACAUUCCUCCAUCCUCAACUCAUCCUCACGUUGCUUUGGAGGGAAAGCCAAAUAGCAGCCACCAAGCUCUCUUGCAGCAUCUGUUACUGAAAGAACAAAUGAGACAGCAAAAACUUCUUGUGACUGGAGCGGUUCCUCUUCAUCCACAGUCUCCUUUAGCAGCAAAGGAGAGAGUCUCACCUGGCAUAAGAGCUGCCCACAAACUGCCUCGUCACAGGCCAUUGAAUCGAACCCAGUCAGCUCCUCUUCCUCAGAGUACUUUGGCCCAGCUGGUCAUCCAGCAGCAACAUCAACAAUUUUUGGAGAAGCAGAAACAGUACCAGCAGCAGAUCCACAUGAAUAAGAUGCUCUCUAAGUCCAUUGAGCAGCUCAAGCAGCCUGGCAGUCACCUGGAGGAAGCUGAAGAAGAGCUUCACGGAGACCACUCAAUGCAGGAAGAGCGAGCUCCCGCCAGCGGUGCCAGCGUUAGGGCCGAGAGCAGCAGUGCUGGUGUGGAUGACAGAAUAGGACAGCAGGUGGGGGCUGUGAAAGUCAAAGAGGAGCCACCGGACAGUGAUGAGGAUGUUCAAACCCAGCAAAUGGAAUCUGGGGAGCAAGCUGCUUUUAUGCAACAGGAGUUCCUAGUGCAUCGGCGUGUCCACCAGUUGCAAAUCUACCAGGCUCAGAUGGCUACAGUUGGCAUGGCGGGAUUAGAUAAACAUCGGCCGGUGUCCAGGACCCCGUCUUCCCCCGCUGAUUCCACAUUACCUCACCCAGCCGUGGACCAGCCCAGCCAGCAUGUCUACACGACUGGUGUUGUGUAUGACAGUCUGAUGCUGAAGCACCAGUGUAUGUGUGGCAACUAUGCUAAUCACCCUGAACAUGCUGGAAGGAUCCAAAGCAUCUGGUCACGGCUGCAAGAAACUGGGUUGCUAAACAAGUGUGAGCGAAUUCGAGGUCGAAAAGCCAGUCUGGAGGAAAUACAGCUGGUUCACUCUGAACAUCAUUCACUGCUGUAUGGCACCAGCCCCCUGAACAGACAGAAGCUGGACCCCAGGAAACUCCUAGGAAACGUGUCUCAAAAACUCUUUUCCUUGUUGCCUUGUGGGGGACUUGGGGUGGACAGUGACACCGUUUGGAACGAGCUGCACUCGGCCGGGGCGGCACGCAUGGCGGUGGGCUGUGUCAUCGAGCUGGCGGCCCGCGUGGCCUCCCGGGAGCUGAAGAAUGGUUUUGCUGUUGUAAGGCCCCCAGGCCAUCAUGCUGAAGAAUCAACAGCCAUGGGGUUCUGCUUUUUUAAUUCGAUUGCAAUUGCUGCCAAAUACUUGAGAGACAAGCUAAAUAUAGGCAAGAUAUUGAUUGUAGAUCUGGAUGUUCACCAUGGCAACGGUACACAGCAGGCUUUUUAUGCUGACCCCAGCAUCCUGUAUGUUUCCCUCCAUCGCUAUGAUGAAGGCAACUUCUUCCCCGGCAGUGGAGCCCCAAAUGAGGUUGGAAGUGGCCCUGGUGAAGGGUAUAACAUAAAUAUUGCUUGGACAGGUGGCUUGGAUCCUCCUAUGGGUGAUGUUGAGUAUCUCACAGCAUUCAGGACUGUGAUUAUGCCAGCUGCCAACGAGUUUGAUCCAGAAGUCGUCCUGGUAUCAGCGGGAUUCGAUGCUGUGGAAGGCCACGACCCUCCGCUGGGCGGGUACAAAGUCACAGCUAAAUGUUUUGGUCACCUAACCAAGCAAUUGCUGAAGCUAGCGGAUGGCCGUGUUGUGCUGGCACUGGAGGGAGGACAUGACCUUACUGCCAUCUGUGAUGCAUCUGAAGCCUGUAUAAACGCCCUUUUAGGAAAUGAGCUGGAGCCUCUCCCGGAAGAUAUUGUGCACCAAAUCCCCAAUAUGAAUGCAAUAGCUUCUUUAAAAAAGACCACUGAAAUUCAAAGCAAGUACUGGAAGUCAGUGGAGCCAUACUCUGUGCCAGUGGAUUGUGCUCUGGCUGAGUCUCAGAAACAAGAGAGGGAGGAGACAGAAACGGUAUCUGCUAUGGCCUCUCUUUCAGUGGAUGUCGAGCAGUGUAUCCUUCAGGAAGGCAGCAAAGCUGCUGGCGAGCCCAUGGAAGAAGAGCCAGCCUUGUGA